AUGCCAGGCAAACCCGCGCCCAUCAAGAAGUCCCCAGCCAAGAAGGCUCCCGCCAAGGCACCUGAGCCCGCCCCGGAACCUGAGCCCGCUCCUGUAGAGGCUCCAUCUGCCGAGACACCUGCAGAGGCUCCACCUGCCGAAGCUGCAGCGCCCGCUGCACCAGCAGAGGAUACCCCUGCUGCUGAGGGAAGCGCUCCAGAUGCUCCCGCUGUAGAUGCUCCCGCUGCAGAUGCUCCCGCUGCAGAUGCUCCCGCAGACGCUGCUCCAGCAGAAGCUGCCGUAGUUGAAGAGCCACCCAAAGCACCCACGCCCCCACCUCCUGCAGUCCCCACCAGGGCUCCUCUGAAAUUAUCCGUGGAGGAUGUGAAUGAAUCCAGCCUCACCAUUAAAUGGCAGACACCAGAGACCAUUGGAGACUCCGGCCUGGAUGGAUACACUGUCGAGUACUGCAAGGAUGGAACUACAGACUGGGUUGUGGCUAAUGAGGAGCUGAUACCAACUAACCGUUAUUGCAUCAAGAAUCUGACGACAGGCGACCUACUGCAUGUGCGCGUGGUGGCUGUAAACCCUGGCGGCCGCAGUGAACCUGGUGCACUUGCAGAGCCUGUGCCGAUCCGCGAGGUAGUUGAGCGCCCAAAGGUCCGCAUGCCCCGCGCUCUGAGAACUCGCCAUAUAAAGAAGGUUGGAGAGCAGAUCAACCUGGUCAUCCCGUUUCUUGGAAAGCCCAAACCUGUGGUGUCCUGGCUUAAGGAUGGUGAACCUUUGGAUCGUAAGAGGGUCAACGUCAGGAACAGCGACAAGGACAGUAUCCUAUUUAUCCGUGCAGCUCAAAGAGAGGACUCUGGUGUUUAUGAGAUGGCUAUUAAGGUGGACAGCUUUGAAGAUAGAGCCACCCUCACAAUUCAGAUUGUUGAGCUGCCUGGUCCUCCUGCCAGUAUAAAGAUUGUGGACACCUGGGGCUUUAACGCUGCUCUGGAAUGGACUCCACCCAAGGAUAAUGGCAACACUGAGAUCACAGGAUACUCUGUCCAGAAGGCUGACAAGAAGACCGAGGAAUGGUUCACAGUGCUGGAGCACUAUCACAGACUAACUGCCACUGUGUCAGACCUCAUCAUGGGAAACUCAUACUCCUUCAGGGUGUUUGCUCAGAACAAAGUGGGUAUCAGUGAAAAUAGUGUUGUCACUAAGGAGGUGGCCACCAUUCAGAAGACAGGUAUUGUCUACAAGCCUCCUGAGUACCCGGAGCACGACUUCUCUGAGGCACCCAAAUUCACCACACCCCUCAACGAUCGCGCCGCUACUGUGGGAUACACCACCAAGUUGCUGUGUUCUGUUCGUGGAUCCCCCAAGCCUAAGAUCGAAUGGCUGAAGAAUGCGAUGGUCAUUGGUGAUGAUCCAAAGUUUCGUCAGAUUGCACAACAGGGCAUUUGCUCCCUUGAGAUCCGUAAGCCCUGCAGCUUUGACGGCGGCACGUACACCUGCAGAGCCAAGAACGCUCAAGGAGAGGCCAUGGUUUCCUGCAAACUGGAAGUCAAACAGGUUAUUCUUUCUGAGAGUGAGAAGGGGAAAUAAACCAACAACCUAAACAUCCAGAGUGUCGUUAAAGGACCAGCAGAAGUACAGGUCUUAUGUUUUAAGAGUGUUUGAGGAGGUGAGAGGAAAAGUCGUGGCUGGUGGUGCAGCAGUGUGUACAUAAUGAAGAAAAGGACAGAGCACAACAUACCAACAUCUCCAUUUCUAUUUCCCACCCCACCCACCUUAACCCUUAACCGGUCCCUCCAGUAUUCAGGGAAGACCCACCCAACCUAUCCCAGUUUGCCAAAUGUUGUGUUAUUUUAGUUGGUGACAUGUAUGUCAAGCUAUAUUUACAAUGUUUUGUUCUGCCUGUGUCCAUUUACUGUUUGUUAUAGUAUAUAUAUAUGUACUGCUUAAUAAAACAGUGAAUCUUUGGACAUACUAGUGCAAUGAUGG